AUGAGCAACAAUAAUGAUUUCAAUGGAAACAACUAUGGAGAGUAUGAAGAUCAUGAUAUGAGCUAUAACGAUAAUCAGCAAAAUCUUUACAAUCAAAAUUCUAACGAUGCACGCAACUAUAAUAAUGGUGAAACAAGAAAUUUCACUAGAAUAAUUUCAAAUAGACCUGCUCCACCAGAGGUGUUCCUAACUAAUAAUAAUAAUAAUAAUAAUAAUAAUAAUACUAGUAAUAAUGGUAGCCCCGGUGUUGGCAGGACAGAUACUCAAGCAUAUAAUUCUUUCAUUAACGUUAGGCCAAUAGUCCAUAAUACAGAUCCAAUAAAUCAACCGCAUAAUGUAUUUGUUGAUAAUACCGAAGCUUCAAACUCAAGUAAUAAUGUCUCCAUCGCUACAGGCACACCAUUGCAUACAAAUAAUAAUUAUGCGCUUCCAAAUCGUAUACCAUCAAUAAAUAUAAUUAAAAACUCUGAAGUGAUACCUCAAAGUCCACAAACUUAUCAGAAUAUAGAAAUGGAUAAUUUUAAUGACGAACUAUAUUACCACCAAUAUAACAAUACAAAUUCUGGUGAUAAUACACAUCACUUGAAUAACACUGCUCCCACAUUUCUAAGACGAAAUAGUUCACAGGAUAAUGUAUCAAUAAUAGAUGACUAUGCACAACAAAAUGAAACAAGACCAAUUUUUAACUAUGAUCAGCAAUAUGAUUACCCACAAAGCAACAUAAACCAAUACCCUUAUGAUGCUAACAAUAAUAUGAACGGCAACAAUGGUCCUACCAAAGUUGUUUUUGAUGAUGAUCCAGAACAAUUUUAUAUCGAUCAUAACGGUAGUGAUUAUCAGAUUUGUACUUAUUUAGGUAAUGAUGGUGAAAUGGUUAACCCAUAUUCUUCGAAUGUUUCAUUUACAAAUAGCGAGCAAAAUGAAAGCUAUUUGUCACCUUAUAAAAGUCAAAAUAUCAAUGAUGGUGAUGUGGCGGAUAUUCCAAAUAGGUAUUCCCAUGUCAAUUUGGGUGAAUAUAGUUCAGCUGAAGAUAUGGAUGAUGAAAAUGUUUUGAAAAAGGAAUCAGCAUAUUUGCAUGUUAAUAGACUCGAAUCUAAUUCCUCUAAUUCAAAUUUUGGAGAUGACCACAUAAAUCCUUUAUCCAUGAAUUUUGAGGAUGCUACAUCAAGAGAUAACCUAGUCAACAAUGAUCCUGCUAGCACAAAUAAGUUAGUAAGAAGAAAUACAACGGUCAUAAAAAAAUUCAAAUUGUUAAUGGGUAACUUUAUUUUCGAUUCCCCUAUUAGCAAAUCAUUGUUGGGCAAAUACUCUAUUGCUGUAGGUGGUGACAGCAAAUUAUCAAACGAAUUUAAGUUCAUGAGGUACCAGGCCAUUACCUGUGAACCUAAUAAACUAUUCGAGAAUAAUUUCACUACAAGGCAAUUGCAGUAUGAGGUCCCUAGGCAGACAGAAUUGAUGAUUGUCAUAACCAUGUAUAACGAGAACCAUAUAUUAUUGGGCCGAACAUUAAAAGGUGUCAUGGAUAAUAUCAGGCAUAUGGUAAAGAAGAAACAUUCAAGUACCUGGGGUCAAGACGCAUGGAAAAAGAUCGUUGUUUGUGUUGUUUCAGACGGUAGAGCAAAGAUUGACCAAAAAUCUAUGGCUUUAAUGAGUACCUUAGGAUGUUACCAAGAUGGGUUUGCCAAAGAUGAAGUGAAUGGUAAGAAAGUAAAAAUGCAUUUGUAUGAACAUAGUACCAUGAUGAAUAUUAAGAGUGUAACAGAGGAUGAUUUAGAAAUUGUUUGCGAUCAAUCAACGGUCCCAAUUCAAUUACUGUUUUGUUUAAAGGAACAAAAUCAGAAGAAAAUUAACUCACAUAGAUGGGCAUUUGAAGGUUUUGCAAAAUUGAUAUCUCCAAAUAUUGUCACCCUAUUAGAUGCUGGUACUAUGCCUGGUCAUGAUUCAAUUUACGAGUUAUGGACUGAAUUCAAGAACACACAAGUUGGUGGUGCAUGUGGUGAGAUUAAGGCCGAAAUAGGUCAUUUAGGUAAAAAUUUGAUCAAUCCACUGGUUGCAUCGCAGAAUUUUGAAUACAAAAUGUCCAAUAUUUUAGAUAAAACAACUGAAUCAAAUUUUGGAUUUAUUUCGGUAUUACCUGGUGCAUUUUCAGCAUAUAGAUUGACAGCACUCGAGGGGGAGCCAUUGAUUAAAUACUUUUACGGUGAAACUAUGGAAUCUGAAGUUGACAAAUUAAAUUUUUUUUCAUCUAAUAUGUAUUUAGCUGAAGAUCGUAUUUUGUGUUUUGAAAUUGUUACAAAAAAAGAAUGUAAUUGGAUUUUAAAAUAUAGUCGAAGCUCAUAUGCUUCCACGGAUGUACCAACUCGUGUGCCUGAAUUUAUUUUGCAAAGAAGACGUUGGUUAAAUGGUUCAUUUUUUUCAAGUGUAUAUUCACUUUGCCAUUUCCAUAGAAUAUGGACUAGUGGUCAUUCAGUGAUUAGAAAAGUCAUGUUAUCAAUUGAAUUCAUGUAUUUGCUAUUUAACACAAUUAUGUCAUGGUUUUCUUUAAGUUCCUUCUUUUUAGUUUUCCGUAUUCUGACACUAUCCAUCGCUGUUACUUAUCAUUCAGCUUUUAACAUUUUAUCUGUUAUUUUUUUCUGGUUAUAUGGUAUAUGUGUUUUAUCCACAUUCAUUUUAUCAUUGGGUAAUAAACCACAGAGUACUGAAGUAUUUUAUGUCAUCACUUGCAUAUUUUUUGCUGUUCUCAUGAUUUACAUGUUAUUCUGUAGUAUUUUCUUGAGUGUUAAAGCUUUUGAAAAUAUAUUGGACGAAAGUAUUAUCACUUUUAAGGGUCUAAUAUCCACUCGAACAUUUAGAGAUGUCUUAAUUUCUUUAUUAUCCACGUAUGUCCUUUAUUUCAUCAGUUCAAUAAUAUACCUACAGCCAUGGCAUAUGUUUACAAGUUUUUUGCAGUAUUUACUGCUAAGCCCUUCAUAUAUUAAUGUUUUGAACAUUUAUGCAUUUUGCAAUGUCCAUGAUUUAUCUUGGGGAACAAAGGGUGCUGUUUCUAAACAGCUGGGCAAAAUUACAACUCAUGAAGAUGGUACAUUCAAGAUGGAGAUUUUGGUAUCAAGUCAAGAAAUUCAGUCAAAUUACAAUAGAUAUUUAGGAAUUCUUAAAGCUCCAGAGGAUCCUGAAGAAGCAAAACAAGAAGUGCCUUUCAGUGAAAAGAAAACGGGUUAUUACGCUAAUAUAAGAUCCAUGGUUAUUAUAUUCUGGGUCUUAACUAACUUUGGUGUUAUCGCGGCUGUCUUAUUAACAGGUGGUAUCGAUGAUUACUUAACUUUACACAAAAAUGUAGGCUCAACUUCAUCAAACGAUUCCCCUAUUAUAGAAAGUGCAAUUCUACCUGUCAAUGCUACGUACUACUUAACUGUUAUUCUAUGGUUAGUUGCGUUAACUGCGUUUAUCCGUUUUAUUGGAUGCUCCUGGUAUAUGAUAAUGAGAGUUAUUAAUAAAUCUUUCCAUACCCAUAAUUAA